GCUCGAAGAUCUUAGAAGAGUACACAACUAUAAAAAGUUUAAUCAGCUUUUCUGGGUCAAGCUUUGAUUGAGGAAAAAGUAAUUCCAGGCUGUCUCAUCGCUGUCUCCCCUCGAAUCACCUUGAAAUCACCAUUUUGUUCCUCACGGUGAACCGUGAAACAUGGCGGCUGUCGCAUCGCCAUUUCGAACGCCGGAUUUUAUUUCUCCAAGUGCGAGACGAAGGCGUGCAAUCGUCCUGACAAGUACUAACACACCGACAAAUCACUUAGCAGAGAAUGACGACGCUGCUGAAAGAAGACAAAGACGUCUUUCGAAAGCGACAUCUGCAACCCUUCAAAGUCCUGCUACCCCGAGAAGUGCAAGUCGUCUUGAUAGUGAACGAAGCCAGACAGCAGGAACUAACGGUCUGACUAAUGUACAACUAAAAGACUUGUACUCAAACUGUAUAAAGUUGUCAACUGAAAAUAAAAUCAAUGCAAAGAAUGCUUUUGGUUUGCAUUUGAUUGAUUACAUGCAAGAUUUGAUCAAGACAGUCAAAGAGGGAGACAUGACUAACUUCCAGGUUGCAAGCUGCACUCUAGAUGCAAGUGCUAAAAUCUAUGCUGGCCGUGUUGACUCCAUUCAUGCCCAAGCCUACAAAAUGUUAGGAGGUUUAGGAAGAGCUGAAAAUCAAGGUCUCACACUGACAGGUAGAUUUGUUGAUCCAUUGUUCCACAAGACAUCAGCAGCCUUUGAUGAAGGUGGUACUGGGGGCUUGCUUCUGAACCACUUGUUUGUCCGCGAUGAUAGCUGUGAGCUUCUUCUUGAUUCCACAACUGUAACCAUGACAACACGAGAUUCAUCAUCAGAGGGCCAAACAACACAGGACAACAGCAUGGUGGACCUGUCGGAGCUAAGAGGCAAGACAUGUCGUAAAUCAUUACCUUACAAGAGUGUAGUAGAACAUGCCAACGCUGAUUAUGGUAAGAUGGUAGCAGAAAUGGAGAAGAAUGAACACGCUUUUGAUGUGAAUGCACCGGUUACUGAGCCUGAACCGGACUACGGAUUUCCAGAAACAAUGGGUGAUGACUACAGUGAUGAUGAUGUGGCUGGCAUGGGAGGGGACAUGGAAUUUGGAAGGGAUCGCUGUGAAAGUGUUUUCCAUAAUCCAAUCUGUAAUGCAUCACUUGCUUUUGCUGACGGACAAGAAGCAAGGCUUGUUACUUCCCGGGAUGGAAGAACAACUUUUGAUCCUGCCGCUGCAUCUGCAGGCACGCUGUGCUUGGAGCUGUCAUCUCAGCCAAGUGACUACUCUUACUUCAAGUCUGACCUCAUGUCAACCUGGGCUGGACCCCAACACUGGAGACUUCAUUCCAAACUCUCUAAAGGUUUACCAAACUCUAUGUCAGGUUCAGAAGAACAAAACAAGAAAAAGAGAACAAAGAAACAGCCCUUUACUGUCAAAUUUGAUAGUGAAGUGGAUUUUGGAAAAAGCUUUUCAAGAGGAAAGGCUGCGACAACCUUGUCCAAAGCAACCCUUGCAAAACACACAGCAACAAAGACAACAUUACCAGAAGACCUUCAUUACGAUGCUGACAAACUCUUUAGACUCUUCAUCAAGCCCAGGAUCAUGGUUAAACGUCAAAUUCAGGCACAAACAGAGAUUAGAGAUGAUGGCUCAGCAUGGUAUAACUACGACAAUGCAAAUGACUGUGCUAAUUACUGUCCUGAUCUCCAAGUAAGUACCAUAAGUUAUGUUAUCAAAGUAACUAAUUUUAAGUCUACUUCUAAGAAAGUGUCCUGGAAAUUGUCCAUUCCAAAGCAGUAUCCCUCUCUACUGUAUGGUAGAUGCUGGUCCAAAGGGUAUCUUUGUGUACUUCUGUGUUGGCAGGAUGGUGAUGAUGAUGAUGAUGAUGAUGACGACGUCUUUGAUGCUGCAGAUGGUGCACAUGACUUGCCAGGUGGAGAAGCUGGAUUCCCCAUGUCACAGGAUAUGACAUCACAGGACAUGACAUUUGGCGACUGCUCCCAGGGCCUCAGCUUCACUAAUGAGAGUGCCGUGGAGCAAACACUCUUUACUGGUGAUGGUCUGGUUGCCCAACCCAAUAAGGUUCAAAAAAUUGAUAUUGGCUAUGCCAAAACUGCCAAAAAGAUGGAUGUAAAAAAGCUGAAGGGAGCCAUGUGGGGACUGCUAACUGAAAAUGGUGAAGGGAACAAGGAAAAUGUUGCCAUAGAUCAGCAGGGAAAACAAACAGACAAUAGCACUGUGACCACUCCUCACUCAUUCAAAGAAAUUUAUGCUCAGUUACCUGGAAAACUUUCCAAGAACAUGGCAAAGAACUUGUCAGUGUCCAUUGCCUUCGUCUGCAUCCUUCACCUGGCAAAUGAGAAGGUAAGAAACACAAUAACAAAAACAAUGUGUUCUAACUGCCUGGCUGCCUAUUAUUAUACACGUCAUGAACUCAAACUUGUACCAUUUGUCUUUAAACACAAGAUUGACUUAAUUUGUUGGCAGGUUCAAAAAAUUGAUAUUGGCUAUGCCAAAACUGCCAAAAAGAUGGAUGUAAAAAAGCUGAAGGGAGCCAUGUGGGGACUGCUAACUGAAAAUGGUGAAGGGAACAAGGAAAAUGUUGCCAUAGAUCAGCAGGGAAAACAAACAGACAAUAGCACUGUGACCACUCCUCACUCAUUCAAAGAAAUUUAUGCUCAGUUACCUGGAAAACUUUCCAAGAACAUGGCAAAGAACUUGUCAGUGUCCAUUGCCUUCGUCUGCAUCCUUCACCUGGCAAAUGAGAAGUGCCUCAAGAUGACUAGUGAACCAGGAAUGACAGAUUUUUACAUUUCUCAGGGCAUUUAAUAUUUCAUUUAUUAUUAUUAUUAUUAUUAUUAUUAUUAUUAUUAUUAUUAUUAUUAUUAUUAUUAUUAUUAUUAUUGUGAUCCUCCCCUCAUUUUGUAACUUUCAGUUAAAACUAACCAUCAACUAAAUGUAGGCCAUCAUCACUUAAAGAAUUGGUUCAUGCUUAGCAUGCGUAUAUCGAGUUGUGGAUGCACGCGGGAAGUUUGGAGAGUAUGAAAGAAGUGUAAGAGUUGCUCAAGGUGAUAAUUUUAAUUUUUGAUAUGUAACAAUUUUGUUUGUGGUAAAUAAACUGCAAGCAAACUGACAAGAUAUUUAUGGCUUGGUGUUUGUUUCUGACCAAUUGAUCAUUUUUCAUCAUUCAGUCCCCUCAGAAAAAUGUUUCUCUUGAAAACAUGAGAUUCUUCAAACUGAAAAUUGGGAAAAUGAUUGAAAUGCAGUCAAACUUCCCAUUUUUGGCAAGUUAAGUAGUUCAACAUUCCCUAAAGCAUACAAUUUUGUGAUGGCUGUCAUUAAACCAAAAUAAUCACACCUGCCCAAUUACAA